UCAGUUCCACCAGGAACGUUUCCACUUCCUGCCUUGUUUUUUCACAUAACGCAUCAACUAAUUUCUACCUGAGUGCUUCUGAAAGCUGAGCUGCAGUCGGCCUAAUUUAACAUGCAGAGAGGAGUUACUGGAAAAACAAAUAAAGCAGGAAGUGAGAGAGAGAAAACAGGAAGUUACAUCAUCGCUGAUCAGUUUUCUGACAGAACGAUCAGCAGCAAAGAGUCUAAAAACUCAGGAUGGCUCCUGGAGGUGAAAAGGUUUUCUGGGGCUUCAUGUUCCUGCUGGCAGGAGCCGCGGCCCAAACCAUCCGGUACCAGUUUGGAUCGACCUGUGCAGUGAGAGGGUCGACUGUCAUCCUGCCCUGUUACUUCACUCCUCUGAAAUCUUUCUCUCCUGAAGGAAGACAGAUUCCUCUGAGGAUCGUCAGAGUUCGCUGGUGUAAGAAUCAUCCGAUCUGUCAGGGAACGACUCCGUCUGUUUACGACAGCAACUCAACGGCCAGAGAGCCUCGGUUUCAUUACCUGGGCAACAUGGAGGCAAAGUGCACUCUGCAGAUCAGAGACAUUAAGAUGGAGGACAUGGGAACCUUUAGAUUCAGGAUGGAAGCAGAUAAUUCUGCUGGACAUUUUACAAACCCGACUGGAGUCACAAUCUCAGUGGCUGAUCUGAUCAAAAUGGAGAUAAAGAGCUCCAGCAAGAAGUCAGAGGUCAGCAGAGGUCAAACUGUCUCCCUGCAGUGCAUCACUUCAACCUGCACCUUCACUCACCUGGAGGUCACCUGGAGGAAAGAUGGCCACGCCCUCCCAGGGAACGGCUCCGCCCUCCGGCUCGGCCCUCUGACCGCAAAGGAUUCUGGGAACUACAGCUGUGCUCUGACGAGUAACAUGGAGACCCAAUCAGAGCCAUUCAGCCUGCAGGUGGAGGAAGAGGAGGAAGAGGAGGAGAAAGAGUUUAAACUUCCUCUGGCUGCUGCUGUGACGUUUGGAGUCCUGCUGGUGGUCACCACCCUCAUCCUCCUCAUCUUCAUCUUUAAAAGGAAGCGAACAGCAGCAGGGAGUCCAAACAUCAUGAGAGGAGAAACAGAGAUGAAGACUGAUCACAUCUACAGCAACGUCCUGCCGCCCCUCCUGGAGGAAACAGGAAGUCAGAAACAGGAAGUAGAGGCUGAGGAGAUCAGCUACGCUUCGGUCCAGUUCAAACACAGCAAACUGGACAGAAAAGCAAAAGAAGAAUCUGAUCCGACCAUCUACUCUUCAGUAGCCUCCAGAGGAUAAGGUCACGACCCGCGACCUCCCAUUUUAAUGUGGCUGAAUCAACCGACAACAUCUUCUGGUUUCACCUCAGUACAGAAGAAGAAGAAGCAGCUUUCUGGAAGAUCUGUGCGCCAGAUUAGACUCACAUGGAUUCUCUUUAUUAAUCCUCCAUCCUGCUGCAGCUGAAGCUCAAACUGUUUCUGUUUGAGAAACCGGGUCAGAACCGAAGGAAUCACGAUACUCAAGCAGAGCAGAAAUAUUUAACAGACAGUGUUAGAAACUGAAUGGCAUAUAAAUAAUGUCACCAAAUUAAAUUAUGCUGCUGACAAAACAAAAACAGCCUUUAAAUGUGACGCAGUUCCUGUUGUUUAACUUUUAUUUCUGAAAUCUGUAAAUAUCUUCAAGCACAACUAGAGACUGUAUGGAAUAUGUAAAUAGUACAUAAUGACAUAACAAUAUAUAAAAAUAUAUACAAUUGUGCAGUAUGUCUAUCCUAACCAGUAUUUUUGUUGUUAAAAACUCACAGCUAUGGUGGCCUACGGGUUCAAACGAGUUGCAAAUACAUAAAUGAUGAAAACUCCAAAACACAAAAAAGCAACAGAUGCAACAGAAAAAUGCUGCAUAGAAAAUAAAAACAAAAAACAAAAGCAACAAUCAGGACAACAGCUCCAGACCACUAGGUGGAGUCUGGAGUCGGUAUAUUAGCUUCGUAAAUAUGCUGCUGUUCUGUAAUGCUGUAAAAGACAUGAAGUACAACAUGUUUUCUUUCUUCCACCUACUUUCUUCCGGUCCUCCCGUCUUUACUGAGGCUAUGUUCUCACAUGUUUUGUAGUUAUUUUAACCACAUGCUCUUUUUAAGCAAUUAUAAUGUGAAAGUUAUUGCAAGAGCAAAAAUUCAGAGAUAUAUAUUGAAAAUCUUUUCGCUUUUUAGGCAUCAUUGACAUGUUUUCUAAAAACUGGUGUGUAGAUAAAAAUACCUUUAAAGAAA